CUCGGCCCACAACUAAGAAAAAGGAGUGUGCUUAGUAGUCAGAAUCAGUGGCAGCUGACGUGCUUCGUCUUCGACUCGCUACUGCGGCCGGCCGUCGUGGGCAAUCGACUGUUGUGGUGUGCAAGUCGACCAUAAUAAUAGUGAAUCCAUAGAAAGCCCUAAAUGUGAAUUUUUGCAGCGUUUGGAAAAGAGACAGAAAGGGGCGGGGGUGUUGGGGCUUGGGAGGACGGGUUGAUGGGGAUAAUCAGGAGCAGCUUCUCGUUCAUAGCGGGUACAGUUUGCGGAAUAUACAUAGCCCAGAACUAUAACGUCCCAAAUAUUAGGAAUCUUACCAACGAAUUCCUCUUUCGGGCGAAAGAAGUCGAAGAAAAGUAUCGCAAGCCCAAGAAGCCCGGCGACGGCGUUUAGUUCAAUUGCUUUUCUUUUCUUCAAUUAUGAUCCGGGCAUUGAGAAAAGCCAAGGCCUCCACAUGAUCUGCGCUAUAAGCUCCUGAAAUUCUUUCCGACAUUGCUGCUUCAAUUUGGCCUAGGUGGUUCCUUAACACUAAUCCAAUUCCAGCCCCUUCAUCUGAGAAAGCUCCAUCUACGUUUAUUUUCAGAACGUUUUUCUUUGGAGCCAUCCAUUUGUUAUGAUCACUAGGACCUUGAAGUUUCUUAACACGGUGCAGAUUCCAGAACCCCUGCAUGUAAGUUCUAGCAGUACAUUUGAUAAUAAUUGGAUAUUUUAUUAUUGGGAAAAUCGUUUAAAAAGUUUUGUACAUUUCGUCGAAUGAAUUUUUUUUUUUUUUUUUAAAUCUUUCAUCUUUAAAAUAUUAAUUUUAUGUUUCUCACAAAUUUAAGUAAGCAAAAUUUUGUCCCAAUCUAAAUUUUUAAUCACUUUUUAAUUUGAAAUCACCAUAUGAUCCACAUGCAAUCACUUUUAUGUAGAAAAAAAAAUCAAAAUUUACUUUUUUUAGAGGCAAAAGAUGAAUAUGAAUUAGAUCGGAUUCCACUUUUUAGGAGAAAAAUGAAUAAAAUUCAAGUUAGAUCCUACUUUUUUAGGGGUGAAAAUAAUUAUGGAUCGGGUCAUUUGUUUAACCAUAAACGAAACUCAAAUCUUUUUUGCCAAAAAAAAAUGACAAUGUGUAGAUUACGUGAUGAAUUUAGUGUAAAAAUUGGUCAAAAUCUAGAUUGGGACUAAAUUUUAUCGUGUUGAUUUUGUAAGGAACAUAAAUUACUAUUUUAA